AGUGGCAGCGCCUUGUAAAUACCAACCCCCCCACCGACGCCACAAACAAUAUUACAAAUCCUGCUGCCGUCCUCUUCUUCACAUGUAGCUGAUGCAGCCACCGAAAACCCAAAUCCUGAAAAGAACAGGAGUUGAAAAAGCUUAAACUCCUACGAGAAUGGAGGAUUUCAGAUCCAAAUCAUACAACAAUGAAAGAAUGCCGGUGGAGAAUACUUACAGCUAUUACAGUAGCCAUUUCAAUGAUAAUGGGGUGGAACCCAAUUACCAAACCAGCUCGAACCCAAGUGGGAUGCAAGAUCUGAGGUGCUACAGCGCCUCCUAUGCUUCUUCUUCUGCCCAGAACAAUGGGCAGAUGGAUAUCGUGCCGGCGGGCGGCGGCGGUGGUGUCGGAGACCAGUGGAAGUUCAAGAAGGGGAAGUCAACAAAUGGGGUGGCUUCCAAGAGUUGGAGCUUUAAUGAUCCUGAGCUGCAGAGGAAGAAGAGGGUUGCUAGCUACAAGGCUUACACUGUUGAAGGAAAAGUGAAGGGAUCAAUCAAGAAAAGUUUUAGGUGGCUCAAAGAGAGGUAUUCUCUGAUGGUCUAUGGACAUAGGUGAUGGAUUGAUCAGAUUGAUAUUACUGUAUAAUAAUUAUAUUGUAUUUAAUUAUAUGGAUGCCUACUUUUGUUGUUCUUGAUUCAAGGUUUUUGUUGUUGGAUAAUUGAUUAUGGGGUGGUAUAUUGAAUUGAUGUGUACUGUAUGAGAAACUUGAAUAUGAUGGGUGAUUGUGUAUGCAUACUGAGAUAAAUUGAGUUUGA